AUGGCUCCCCACGCCGAGGUUGGAAUGGGCUCCUCGAACGGAGUUGGCUACGCCGCUGCCGCUCCCAAGGACCUCUUCAAGGUCGACUCCCCCAACGUCGUGUACUCGGACACCGAGAUCAACACAAAGUACACGUACCGCACCACCAAGGUCACCAAGGGCGACGAUGGCAAGUACACCGCCACCCCGACCGAGACCGUCUACGACUUCAAGGUCGACCGCAAGGUCCCCAAGGUCGGCAUGAUGCUGGUCGGCUGGGGCGGCAACAACGGCACCACCGUCACCGCCGGCAUCAUCGCCAACCGCCGCGGCCUGACCUGGGACACCCGCGAAGGGCCCCGCACCGCCAACUACUACGGCUCCGUCAUCAUGGGCUCGACCAUGAAGCUCGGCACCGACGCCCGGACCAACGAGGAGGUCAACAUCCCCUUCCACGACAUCCUGCCCAUGGUCCACCCCAACGACCUCGUCAUCGGCGGCUGGGACAUCAGCGGCAUGAGCCUCGCCGACGCCAUGGACCGCGCCGGCGUCCUCGAGCCCACUCUCAAGUACCAGGUCCGCAAGGAGAUGGCCGAGAUGAGGCCCCUGCCCAGCAUCUACUACCCGGACUUCAUCGCCGCCAACCAGGAGGACCGCGCCGACAACCUCAUCCCGGGCUCCAAGGCCUGCAACGCCCACGUCGAGCAGAUCCGCCGCGACAUCCGCGACUUCAAGGCCGCCCACGCGCUCGACAAGGUCAUCGUCCAGUGGACCGCCAACACGGAGCGCUACGCCGACAUCAUCCCCGGCGUCAACGACACGGCCGACAACCUGCUCCGGGCCAUCGAGGCCGGCCACGACGAGGUCUCGCCCUCGACCGUCUUCGCCGUCGCCUCCAUCCUCGAGGGCGCGCCCUUCAUCAACGGCUCGCCCCAGAACACCUUUGUCCCCGGCGCCAUCGAGCUGGCCGAGCGGCACAGCGCCUUCAUCGGCGGCGACGACUUCAAGUCGGGCCAGACCAAGAUGAAGUCGGCCCUCGUCGACUUCCUCAUCAGCGCCGGCAUCAAGCUGACCUCGAUCGCCAGCUACAACCACCUCGGCAACAACGACGGCAAGAACCUGAGCUCCCAGAAGCAGUUCCGCUCCAAGGAGAUCUCCAAGUCCAACGUCGUCGACGACAUGGUCGCCGCCAACUCGGUCCUCUACAAGCCCGGCGAGCACCCGGACCACACCGUCGUCAUCAAGUACAUGCCCGCCGUCGGCGACAACAAGCGCGCCCUCGACGAGUACUACGCCGAGAUCUUUAUGGGCGGUCACCAGACCAUCUCGCUCUUCAACGUCUGCGAGGACUCCCUGCUGGCCUCGCCCCUCAUCAUCGACCUCGUCCUUGUCGCCGAGAUGAUGAGCCGCAUCCAGUGGAAGGCCGCCUCCUCCGACGGCGCCGCCACCACCAAGGAGUUCAAGAACUUCCACUCGGUCCUCAGCAUCCUCAGCUACAUGCUCAAGGCCCCGCUGACCCCGCCCGGCACCCCCGUCGUCAACGCCCUGGCCAAGCAGCGCGGCGCCCUGACCAACAUCUUCCGCGCCUGCGUCGGCCUCGAGCCCGAGUCGGACAUGACCCUCGAGCACAAGCUCUUCUAG